AUGAGAAAGAUUCAUGGUAUAAUUACCAAAGUUAUUUAUGGUCCUGGUACACAGUCCAACAUGGGCCAUCAAAUCUUACUAAUUAAACAGAUUGCUUUGUGCAGCGACAUUACAUCACCAACCUGUCUGGCAUGCGGCUUAUCAGGUGAGUUUUCGCAUGAUAUAGAAACUAUAAAAAUGACUCAAAAGCAUCGUACACAACAAGAAUUCAUAGUAUAUAUAUUAAAGGAACAUAUCAAAUUCCUUGAUCGACUUAAAAAAAGGGCACCAAAAAAUUCACCUCAUAUAUAUUAUGAAAAUCUCGAUGACGAAUCGCAAAGAACGGAAAGGUACCUUAAACUAGCAAACGCAAAUCACGAAGAUUACAAAAAACUGAAGGAGGAAUUUGAUAAAGGACAGAAAAAAUUUAUUUUAGAGAUAAAAAGGCUUGAGAGAAAGAUAAUGAGAUCAGAUAAAAUAAUUGACAGUAAAGACAUGAUAAUUAAAGAGUUAAAGGGGGAAAUUAUGAAAUCGAAUAGAGAAAUUAAUGGGAAAGACUCAGUAAUCAAAGAGUUAAAGAGCAAGAAUACAAUGCUGACAGACGAGGUCGAUGAGAAAAAUACAAAGAUCGAAGAGUUGAAAGAAGAAAACAUGAUCCUUAUAAAUCAAGUGGAAGAUAUGGAUUUGAGAAUAGAGGAGCUUGAGAUUGAUAAUCUAAAUUUAUCAAAUGAGCUGGCAAAAAAAAACAAAAAGUUAGAAGAGAAAGACGAAAAUAAUCUUAUGUCGAUAGACUAUAACUUGGAUUUUGAGUCCGAGAAUACUUAG